AUGCAGGGGCAGCAGUACGGGUCCGUUUCCGGCAGCGUAGGCGACGGCGACCCGCCGCGGGGCGUCGCGGCGGUCCGCGCGAUGCUGUCGGGGGCCAAGGACCGCGUGCUGGCGAUGUGGCGAGGCUCGCGGCCGCUGACGGAGCUGCUCAACCGCCACGCCUUCUCCAAGCCCGCGUCCAUCUUCGACGCCGGGUCGCGCAUCCGCAAAAACGUGUCCUACUUCAAGGUCAACUACGCAGUCAUCAUCGCCUUCGUCGUGCUGUUCUGCUUCAUGCGGCAACCAAACACCCUCCUUACCCUCAUCACUCUCACUGCUAUUUGGACCUACCUCUUCGUCCUGCGCACGCCAGGCCCGCUGCGGAUCGGCCAGCGGGAGUACUCCCAGCGCGAGCAGACCAUCAUUCUGUCCAUCGUGACCAUCCUGGUGGUGUUUUUCUUCUCGUCCGUCGCCUCCGUGCUCUUCUCCGCCCUCUCCAUCUCCUGCAUCCUCAUCGCCGUGCACGGAGCGUACCGGGAGCCCGAAGAAAUCUUCGACGCACAGCCACCAGGGGGCGCGGGGUCUGCGCAGUCCGUGGGCGUGCCGGGGCAGACGGAUCCGCUCGGUGCGCAGAUGGCGACGAGCGUGCUGGGGCUGCUAAGCAAAGCGCAGCAAGGGCUGCAGGGGUUCGCGACGGGGGGGUUGCAGGGGGGCGCGGGGGCGUCCGGGGCGGCGCAGAACGGCCCAAGCAAAGUAUAG